AGCUGUCCAGGCAUAAACAUAACCACAGUCUCUCUCAUUAUUAUUGUACCAACAUUAUGGAUCUUCUCCUUCUUUUUCCUGCUCACGGUAGUUCUGAAUCUAAAGGAGGAGGACUAGCGUGGGCUCUCUUGUUUUUACUAUUGGUAGCUUUCAUUGUUAGAUCAACGAGUCAUCAGAAGAAGAAGAAGAAGCAGCAGCAGAAGCAGAAAGCCCCAGAAGCCAAAGGAGGGCUGCCUCUAAUAGGUCACCUCCAUCUUCUGGGCGGUGGUGUGCCAGUUUUUAGGACUCUCUCUUCCAUGGCCGAAGCUCAUGGCCCCAUCUUCUCCCUCAGGCUCGGCUUUCACAACACUCUCAUCGUCUCCGGCAGAGAACUCGCCAAAGAAUGCCUCUCCACCUUCGACAAAAUCUUCGCCACCAGGCCCAACAUCGCCGCAGGGAGGUACAUGGGGUAUAACAAUGCGAUAUUUGCGCUGGCACCGUAUGGGGAGUACUGGAGAGAGAUGAGGAAGAUAGCCACUUUGGAGCUGCUCUCAUCGCACAGGCUCCAGAAACUGAAGCACGUGAGAGACUCCGAGAUACUAUGUCUUGUGAAGGAUUUGUUUUCAACCUAUGAACGACACAAUAAGAACAUUACUCAUCAUGAUCAUAUGGUUGAGGUGCCUAUGAGUCAGCUCUUAGAGCACUUGACCUUCAAUAUCAACGUCCGCAUUAUUGCCGGCAAGAGAUUCUCAGGGGAUGAGAAAACCCUAACUGAUGAAGAAGGGGAGGCGUUCAGGUUGAAGAGGGCGGUGAAGGAGGCGACAUAUCUGAGCGGAGUGUUCGUGGAGGCGGACGCGCUGCCGUUAAAGUGGCACAAGUGGGUGGACUUGCAGGGACAUGUGAGGGCCAUGAAGAAAACGGCCAAGGACGUAGACUCAGUGCUGUCUCUGUGGCUUCACCAGCACCUUCACAAGACCACAACAGCUCAUUCUGAUGGAGACCAUUCUGAUUUCAUGGACGUCCUCAUUUCCAUGUUCUCCGAUCAGGAUGCUCUCAUUUGUGGCCAUCAACGCGACGUCGUUAUCAAGGCCACUGCUUUGAAUCUGAUCCUUACGGGCACCGGAAGCACAGCAAUAACCCUGACAUGGGCAUUAUCUUUGCUCUUAAACCAUCCAAAUGUCCUUAAAAAAGCACAAGACGAGCUCGACACCAACAUAGGAACACACAAAUGGGUCCAAGAAUCUGACAUUAAGAACCUUCAAUACCUCCAAGCCAUCAUCAAAGAGACCCUUCGUCUCUAUCCUCCAGCUCCAUUAACUGGAAUCAGAGAAGCCAUGGAAGACUGCUUCGUCGGAGGCUACUUCGUCCCAAAAGGCACUCGUCUUCUCAUCAACAUCUGGAAGCUUCAAAGGGACCCACAAGCAUGGAAAAACCCUAACGAGUUCUUGCCUGAGAGAUUCAUGGAGGAGGAUCAUAAGGAUUUGGAUUUUAAGGGUCAGAACUUCGAGUACAUUCCGUUUAGUUCAGGAAGAAGGUCGUGCCCAGGAACCACCUUUGGGCUUCAAGUCGUGAGCUUGACGCUGGCUCGGUUGCUUCAAGGAUUUGAUCUGUCGGCGCCGGCGCCGGCAGCCAAGGUUGGCGGUGUUGCAGUGGAAAUGAGCGAAGGCUUAGGGGUGGCUUUGCCUAAGCUUCAUCCACUUCAAGUUAUGAUCAAGCCUCGUCUUUCGUUUGAGCUUUAUCAGCAACUUUGAAAUAUAUAUAUAUGUAUGUGUGUGUGUGUGUGUGUGUAUGUGUAUGUAUUUGCAUGGGAGGUUCUCAUAAUUAGGACUCAAGUUUUCGAUGAGCAUAGAUAAAAUAAAUAGCCUACACUAGUGGAGCUAAUAAAUAAAGAGUAGUAGAGUAUAUUUUUGUGUGUGUUAACGUUGGAUGUGUAGUACUUAUGUUGUUUGGUUAUAAAUUUUACCUUAGAUUGUUUCAACGGAAAAAACUCCAAUGACGAAUCCAAAUUCGAGUUGGGUCGAUUCCCAAAAGGGUAUAGCUCUUUCUAGAAGUAUAUAUCUUUUGCAUUCGUGCAAGCUUAAA